AAAGUCACAGCCUGCAGGCUGGAUUGAGUCUCGGGAAGCUGCUGGGUCCCUGCCUGGCGCUCUCCGGGUGUGUCCAUUGAACUGCGGUGGACUGGUCCCCAGCGCGGGAACCCAAGCGCCACUGCCCCAAGCGUAGCCCGGUUGGCUCGCUCCUAGGCUAGCCAGCACCUGGAGGGCAGGACAGAACCUCUCUUGCCCGCACCCAUCGCCCAAGGAUGGCAAGACCUGGCGCGGCGUAGCCGCGGGAGAAGCCCAGAGACCCGCUCGUCCAGUUUGUUCUCGAGGCACCAGGAGGACUUAACCCUCCGAGCUCCAGGAAGAACCGAGCCAAACUCAGCCUGGGAGACCGACUUGGGAUCAGGCUGGUGCUCUGCGGGGGUGCAGGGGACAGACAGACUCGAAGCCAGCUGGGUGUGCACGCGUGCGAGCGUGCCUCGGGGCAUCCCGCACACCCUCGGUCCGGUGUGGCGACACUCCGCGGGGAGGAGGGAGUGGCAGCCACCGGACUAAAGGAAAGCGAGGGACACCUCACAAAGUGACGCCCCCAACAGGUCCGGAUUUGGAAUUGGAAGCGGCAGAAAUCCGGACCUUCCCGGGGCCUGCUCCGCACACCCCGCCGCCCCCGCCCGGAGCCCAGACCCUCGGCUUGCCCGCCCCCCAGGGCGCCCCGUCGGCUGCGGGCUUCCUCCUGCAGACCUGCCCGCGCACAUGAAGCCGCUGCCCCCGCCGCAGGCGCCGGCGCCCCCCUCGCGGUGCCCGUGGUGAUGCCAUGCCCCGCCACCACGCGGGAGGAGAGGAGGGCGGUGCCGCCGGGCUCUGGGUGAGGAGCGGCGCGGCGGCGGCGGCGGGUGGGGGGCGCCCGGGCAGCGGCAUGAAGGAUGUGGAGUCCGGCCGCGGCAGGGUGCUGCUGAACUCGGCGGCCGCCAGGGGCGACGGCCUGCUGCUGCUCGGCACCCGCGCGGCGGCGCUCGGCGGAGGCGGCGGCGGCUUGAGAGAGAGCCGCCGGGGCAAGCAGGGGGCCCGGAUGAGCCUGCUGGGGAAGCCGCUCUCCUACACCAGCAGCCAGAGCUGUCGGCGCAACGUCAAGUACCGGAGGGUGCAGAACUAUCUGUACAACGUGCUGGAGAGACCCCGCGGCUGGGCGUUCGUCUACCACGCGUUCGUUUUUCUCCUUGUGUUUGGUUGCUUGAUUUUGUCAGUGUUUUCUACCAUCCCUGAGCACACAAAGUUGGCUUCAAGUUGCCUCUUAAUUCUGGAGUUCGUGAUGAUCGUUGUCUUUGGCUUGGAGUUCAUCAUUCGAAUCUGGUCUGCAGGUUGCUGUUGUCGUUAUAGAGGAUGGCAAGGGAGACUGAGGUUUGCUCGAAAGCCUUUCUGUGUUAUAGAUACCAUUGUUCUUAUCGCUUCAAUAGCAGUUGUUUCUGCAAAAACUCAGGGUAAUAUUUUCGCCACGUCAGCGCUCAGAAGUCUCCGGUUCCUACAGAUCCUGCGUAUGGUGCGCAUGGACAGAAGGGGAGGGACCUGGAAGUUGCUGGGCUCCGUGGUUUACGCUCACAGCAAGGAAUUAAUCACAGCCUGGUACAUUGGAUUUCUGGUUCUUAUUUUUUCAUCUUUCCUUGUCUAUCUUGUGGAAAAAGAUGCCAAUAAAGAGUUUUCAACAUAUGCGGAUGCUCUCUGGUGGGGCACAAUUACACUGACAACCAUUGGCUAUGGAGACAAAACACCCCUAACUUGGCUGGGAAGAUUGCUCUCUGCAGGCUUCGCCCUUCUUGGUAUUUCUUUCUUUGCACUUCCUGCUGGCAUUCUGGGCUCAGGUUUUGCCUUAAAAGUACAGGAACAGCACCGCCAGAAGCAUUUUGAGAAAAGAAGGAACCCAGCUGCCAACCUCAUCCAGUGUGUCUGGCGUAGCUAUGCAGCUGAUGAGAAGUCGGUCUCCAUCGCAACCUGGAAGCCACAUCUGAAGGCCUUGCACACCUGCAGCCCUACCAAGAAAGAUCAAGGGGAGGCAGCAAGCAGUCAGAAGCUGAGCUUUAAGGAGCGAGUGCGCAUGGCUAGCCCGAGAGGCCAGAGCAUUAAGAGCAGACAAGCAUCGGUAGGUGACCGGAGAUCCCCAAGCACUGACAUCACUGCUGAGGGCAGCCCCACCAAAGUGCAAAAGAGCUGGAGCUUCAACGACCGAACCCGCUUCAGGCCCUCACUGCGCCUCAAGAGUUCCCAGCCGAAGACGGUGAUAGACGCUGACACAGCCCUUGGAAUUGAUGACGUAUACGAUGAGAAAGGAUGCCAGUGUGACGUGUCCGUGGAGGACCUCACCCCACCACUCAAAACUGUCAUCCGAGCCAUCAGAAUCAUGAAGUUUCAUGUUGCAAAGCGGAAGUUUAAGGAAACAUUACGCCCAUAUGAUGUAAAGGAUGUCAUUGAGCAAUACUCUGCUGGUCAUCUGGACAUGCUAUGUAGAAUUAAAAGCCUUCAAACACGCGUUGAUCAAAUUCUUGGAAAAGGACAAAUCACAUCAGAUAAAAAGAGCCGAGAGAAAAUAACGGCAGAACACGAGACGACGACGGAUGACCUCAGCAUGCUGGGCCGCGUUGUGAAGGUUGAAAAACAGGUACAAUCCAUUGAAUCCAAGCUGGACUGCUUGCUGGAUAUCUACCAGCAGGUCCUCCGGAAAGGCUCUGCCUCGGCCCUCACUCUGACGUCCUUCCAAAUCCCGCCCUUUGAAUGUGAACAGACCUCUGACUAUCAAAGUCCCGUGGAGAGCAAAGACCUGUCGAGCUCCGCGCAAAACAGUGGCUGCUUAAGCAGGUCAGCCAGUGCCAACAUCUCAAGAGGCCUGCAGUUCAUCCUAACGCCAAAUGAGUUCAGUGCCCAGACUUUCUACGCGCUUAGCCCUACUAUGCACAGCCAAGCUACACAGGUGCCAAUGAGUCAAAACGACGGCUCCUCCGUGGUGGCCACCAAUAACCUUGCAAACCAAAUAAGCGCCGCGCCCAAGCCAGCAGCCCCAACAACUUUACAGAUCCCACCUCCUCUCUCAGCCAUCAAGCAUCUAUCCAGGCCGGAACCCCUGCUGUCCAACACCCCUGGCGUACACGAGAGUAUUUCUGACGUCACCACCUGCCUUGUUGCCUCCAAGGAAAACGUUCAGUUCGCCCAGUCAAACCUGACCAAGGACCGUGCCCUGAGGAAAAGUUUUGACAUGGGAGGGGAAACUCUGUUGUCCGUCCGCCCCAUGGUGCCCAAGGACUUGGGCAAAUCUCUGUCUGUACAAAACCUGAUCAGAUCGACAGAGGAACUGAACUUACAGUUUUCGGGCAGCGAGUCAAGCGGCUCUCGAGGCAGCCAAGAUUUUUAUCCCAAGUGGAGAGAAUCCAAAUUGUUUAUAACUGAUGAGGAGGUCGGUGCCGAGGAGACAGAAACGGAUACUUUUGACGGCACCCCACCGCCUGCCGGGGAAACUGCUUUCUCAUCAGAUUCUCUAAGGACUGGAAGGUCACGGUCAUCUCAGAACAUUUGUAAGACGGGAGACAGUACGGAUGCCCUCAGUUUGCCUCACGUCAAACUGAACUAAGUUCUUUGUUUCCUUUCUAAGCGUAGCUGUUCUUUUAGCCAUACAUAUCACUGCAUGAACUACUCUGAAAGCCCUUCUAAAAAGUUAAAAAAUCGCGCAAGAGUCAGGAAGAACAUGAAAGGCCAUGUAUACGCCCGUUAUCUUUUAAUUGCAUGAAAAUGCAUGUUUAGGGGUGGCAGAAAUUCCAAGGUACAUCGACAUUAACCCAUGCAUUUAAUAACGUACCUUGAGUCUAAAAUCCCAAGCCAACAGUCGCUGCUGAUGCUAUGGGGUGUGUGAAGAUGUCGGGAUAUUAGUUCAAUUGCAAGAGUUGACGCUGUAUUUUGAAAUUGUGAGAGUAAACACCUUCAAAUUUCAGGCAUUUCUGCUUUAUGACUAGAUACAAAGUACAUUUUCAAAAUUAGGCCAUAAUGUAUGUUUUAGACACAAUGGCUAUCAACAGCUGCUAAUAACACAAGUAAAGCAGAAUUUGGAAUA